AUGAGAGCUGCAGGACAAGUAAUUUUUAUUUUUCUAAUAUUUUGGCGAUCUUGCUUGGUAUUCGGAAUUGAACCAUGCGACAAGCUGCAGCGGACGAAAAUAAAUUUUGGAACCGUUCAAUCAGACGGAAAACUUGAAGCGUUUGACGGAAUCAAAUAUCCAGAAGGCACUUUUUGGCGUGAAGGCGAGUAUUGGUGGGCAUGCCCCUGUCUACUAGGACCUUGCAUUCGGCUAUGUGAAAAAGAUUUGGCUUUGAGGGCAAAUUCAACAGAAGCAAAACAGCCCUUCACGAUAAAAAUUCAGGGCGUUGAUGGACUAUCGCAUUCAGUUUUGAUCAAAGACCAUUUUAACGUGGUUGAAGAAGCAUUUUGCCAACAUAUUGCUGUCCUGCUUGACGACGACGAAAAGUACCAUAUUUAUCCCAACGGAUCUUUAUACUACCCUCCCGUUAAUAAUGCCGACGUCUCUGAUAUUAUUCAAACCAGUGAGUUUUGUUUGAUUCCUCAAGAAGCGCAACGCGAAAAAAUUGUACUUUGCAGCAAUGAUGCUGAUGCUGAGGAACCAGAAGAAAUGAAAUUCAACAUUCUCCCUGCAUUUUUCAUUUUGAGCGCUAUAUUUUUGCUUUUGACCAUUGUGGCGUUUUGUAUAGCCCCUGGAAACAAUUCGGCCUACAGUAGAUCUGUGGUGUGCCACUCUGGAUGUUUGCUGAUCGCUUUUGCUGGACUAACAAUCACGUAUUUAAGCGGAGAGAAGAGUCACAUUUAUGUGUGCAAAUUCGUCGCUUUCGUCACUUAUCUUUUUAUGAUGGCAUCCUUUUUCUGGUUAAAUGUCAUGUGCAUUGAUAUUUACCUGGCUUCUAAGGGAAUUGUACUUCAAGCCCACGAUGGAAAAUUUCGCGCCCUGUCAACAUACGCGUGGGGCACCGCACUGGCUAUUUUUAUCGUCACCUUAAUUUUGGAUCUCACCACACGCACACCACUUAGCCCUGGAAUUGGAGUCCAUAAUUGCUGGUUCCAAGGAUUUUGGCCGAUUUUACUUUAUUUCAACGGUCCAAUUUUCAUCCUGCUCGUGGUGAACUUGUGCCUGUUUUUACUGGCGGCGACGCGGCUAAGAUUUUUCCGGAAGGAAGCAGGUCCCGUGCAAAUUAUGGACUCGCAAGAAAAAAAUCAACUGCGCCUGUAUGCGAAGAUUUUCAUUUUAAUGGGCGGCACGUGGUUUUUCGAAAUCAUCUCGUGGGCAUGCCAUGGUAAAGGGGUGUUUUGGCUCAUCUUGGAUUCCAUCAAUGCCCUACGAGGGGUGCUGAUAUUCCUAAUCUGUGUAGUGUGCAACGAGCCAAUGCGUGGUGCACUUAAAGAGAAAUUGUGUAUGUCAAAAAAUUCGCAUGGCACCAUAGGUUAUAAGCCCCAACCGACAUGAAUUUUAACAUUUUUAUGCAAACGAAUAAUAUUGACCUACAAUAAUAAUACUUUGCGAAUAAUCGCAUUAUAAUUAAAAUAAUCAUUCGCUUACUGGAAAACUUAAUUAAUCCAUGUAUUUACCAGCAAUACUUAUAUGGUCAAUAUUUUCUUAUAAUUUACUGUAUAGGUAUUUAAAUAAAAACUGGUUAUCUGACGAU